AUGCUAUCAUGUGAAUCAAAGAGAUGGAUUAGAAGGACAUACUUGCAAAAAGGUCGUUUUCAACCUCAAAACUACAAGUUUCCACAAAGUACUUUUGGAGGUAAACAACGAAGACUCAAUAUAUCUUGGUUUGAUGACAACAAAUAUUGGUUAGAAUAUAGUAUAAAAGAGAACGCCGCCUUUUUCUUAUGUUGUUAUCUAUUCAAAUCCGAUGUACCAAACCAAGGUGGAUCAGAUCAUUUUGUGAAAUCUGGAUUCAAAGCUUGGAAUAGGAAAUCGGGACUAGAUGAUCAUAAAGCUGGAACUCCACAUAAUAUUGAUGUCCAAAGGUGUCAAAAUUUAAUGAACCAAAGGCAAUCCAUAACAUCUGCUUUUGAGAAACAAAUCAUUUUACAAGAAAAAGAAUAUCGUACCCAUUUGAAUGCUUCAAUUGAUUGUGUUAGAAUCCUAUUGCGUCAAGGAUUAGCAUUUCGUGGUCAUGACGAGAAGGACGAUUCAGAUAAUAAAGAUGCAGUUAUGAAUGUUAUUAUGGAAGAUCUUGGAAAAGAAUGUUUGACAAUUCUAGUAGACGAGUCACAUGAUGUUUCUUGUAAAGAACAAUUGGCAUUAGUAUUGAGGUUUGUAAAUAAAAACAGGGAAGUUGUAGAAAGGUUUGUUGUCCUUAGACAUGUUAGUGACACUUCAGCUUUAACACUAAAGGCUACCAUUUAUGAUAUGCUCUCAAAGUGGAAUUUGAGUCAUACUAGCACUAGAGGGCAAGGCUAUGAUGGUGCUAGUAACAUGAGUGGUGCAUUUAAUGGAUUGAAGACUUUGAUUAUGAAUGAAACAAAAUGUGCAUACAUUAUUCCUUGUUUUUCUCACCAAUUACAGUUAGCCCUAGUGUUUGUUGCAAAAAAUCACAUGAAGAAAGAACAAGCAGAUAAAGUUAUGGAAGCAUUGGUUGAAGGUGAACUUGAGAGUGGUAUCGGUUUGAAUCAAGAAGUAGGUAUCAAACGACCAUAUGUACUUGAAGACCUUGGUAAAGAUAAUAGUGAUCGUGAUCGUAAAGCUGAAGCACUUCGCAUCUUAAGGUUAUUAAAGUCCUUUGAUUUUGUGUUUUGUCUACACUUGAUGGUUGAUAUCUUGAGAGUCACAGAUCAUUUGAAUACAACAUUACAAAGAAAAGAUCAUGAUAUCGUAAAUACCAUGAAUCAAAAUUGUGGAUAUGGAAGAUGA